CAUCAAGUUUUUCGUUGUUUGUUUGUUUUCAUUGGAAAAAAAAAAAACAUGAAUUUAGAAAUUUUCAACAAAUUUUCCCGUAUACAAUCGGAAAAUGCUUUACAGCAGAAAGAAGUUCUUGAUUAUUUUCAAUCAUUAAAAUGUAAUCCAAUUGGUUGGAAAAUAUGUGCUGAAACAUUAUUGACUGAUUCGAUAAACGAUGAAAUGGGAAUAUUUUUCUGUUUUCAAGUAAUCGAAGAUUAUAUAAAAUCACGUUAUAAUACCGAUACUGAUGAUGAACGAAUCAUACUCAAACAUUUUAUAAUUACAAUGUUUGAAAAAAAUUUACUCAUUACAAAUUAUUUACAGAAUAAAUAUGCUCAUUUGGUCAACACAUUAUUCUUGAUUGAUUUUCCUCAACAAAAAUGGCCAACAUUUUUCAAAGAUUAUCUUGGCCGAUGUGAAAGUCGUAUAAAAUGUGAAUUAUUUCUUCGUGUUUUGAUUCAAAUUAAUCUUGAUAUAGCUGAUCGUGAAAUUCCAAAAACGACCAAAGAAAUGCAACGAAAUACGUUGAUCAAAGAUAUGAUGCGUGAAUCAUGUCUAAUGGAUUUGGCUCAAUUCUGGUUCAAUAUUAUUAAUACAUAUCGUGACAAUUGUCCACAGGUUGUUUGUCUUUGUCUCGACGUAAUUGGUGCCUAUAUAUCAUGGAUUGAUAUUAAUCUCAUAACAAACGAUUCCAUUAUGCCCGUUUUAUUCAUGUUAUUUUCAAAUGUACAAUAUCGUUGUUCAGUUGUCGAAUGUUUUGGUUGUAUAUUGAAAAAAGGAAUGGAUCCAUUGGCUAAAACACAGUUGAUUGAAGAAUUUCUGAAUUUUGAACUAAUUAAAACAACAUUGGUCGAAAUAUUUACCAUUCAUAAUGAUAUUAAUGUUGGUUUUGUCGAAAAAUUUGCAUCACUAAUCAAUACAAUUGGUAUUGAAUUGAUUGAAGCACAGAAAAAACUUCGUUCACGUAUGACAUCGGUCGAUCCUCAUGAUCCUAAUCAUCGUACAUCGGCAAUAAUGUCUGAAGCAAUUGAAUCAAAAUUUCCAUUACUUUGUCAAUUUUUAUCACAUAAAAUUCUUACUGUAUGCAUUCGAAUACAUAGUUUCACAAGAGAUUAUAUUCAAUGGCUAAAAUCGAAUGUUAAGGAUUCAACUGAAACGGCUAUUAUGACUGCAAUUGUUGAAGAUCGAACACAAACAUUAAUAUCAAUCAUUGUUGAUCGUAAUAAAAUGUUAGCCGCUUCAUAUAAACCGGAAGAUGAAUUUUUUACCGAAUUUCGUAAAUCAAGUAAAGUUUUAUUCGAUAAUCUAAUCCUAUUGAAACCGGUGGUAACGCUCAAUUUUAUUUGUGAUAAACUUGUACUACCUACAUUCAUUAAUUGGAAAUCUGGUUCGCUAACAUUUGCCGAAAUUGAAUGUGCACUGUAUUAUUUUCAUGUGAUUGGUGAAAAUCUAAAUAUUGUGGAUGAUAUUAAAUGUUUGGAAAAUCUUUUACAAGCAUUGGUUACUUCAUCGAUUUCAAUGUUUGAACAUCCGAUCACACAAUCACUAUAUUUUGAUCUUAUUGUUCGUUAUGAAAAAUUUAUCAAUUCAAAUCUAAAUCAAUUAUUAUCGCAGAUUAUUGUUUCAUUUUUGGAUAACCGUGGUCUUCGUAAUACCAACAUUAAAAUUCGAAGUAAAGUUUGUAAACUUUUCAAUAAAUUCACUAAAUCAUACAUAAGAUCGAAACAUAAUUCACAAGAAAAACAGCAACAUUUUAUUGAUGAUAUUCUGAAACGAAUUCAGGAUUUCCUCGAAUUGGACAUUGUUUUCGAUUCACCGGAAGAUCUUAUUGAACAAGAUUUAGAACAUCUAGUUCAUUCUAGCUAUUUAAUGCGUCGAGAACAGAUUAAAUUCGCAUAUCCACUAUCAGCUUCUGAUCAUCUACAAAUCUAUGAAACGGUCGCCUUUUUAAUCAUAUCCAAUCAUCAUGAUGCAUUGCAUAAACGAGAAUCACUUAAAGAAUUAUUUCAGAAAAUAUGGAAAAAAUAUCAAGAAUAUCGGGAUGAAUCACAAUCGAUUGGAUUAUAUUUAAAUCAGAAUGGUUUUACUGAUUCGAUGGCAGCACAAAAAACAUCGCUUCUCGAGAAACGUUCAAUCAUUCAUUAUCAUAUGGCUCAUUUAAUUGAUAUAAUAUCGGCAACAUCAAAAUCAUUUUCAACAGUAAAUACGGUGAAAACGAUCGGUGUACAGCAGCUAUUUCUUUAUUCAUUUGAAUUGUUUACUAAAUCCGUUGGACAAAAUCUGGCCACUGUUGAUCCGGAAGCACAACAUAUUCUACAAUCAUCUAUUCGACUAUUUCUACACAGGUUAAUUGUAUGUUUGGGUGAAGAUGAAAUGAUACCAAUGUUACCAGAUGCUAUACAAACAUUGUUUCUUUCAUCAUCGGAGAUAAGUGCAAAAUCCGUACAAGAAUUGAUACCAUUAUUUAAUCAGAUUAUGCCGAAAUAUAAACAUUCAUGGCUAUUUCAACGUGACAUUCUACCAUUUUUAGAUCGAAUUUUUUCACCGUUAAUCAAUCUAUAUUUUCGAUUGAUUAUUGAAGCUAAUAUUGAUAGUGAAAAGAUUUCAUUACAGAAAUCAUAUUAUUCAUAUUUACAUUUGAUCACUGUUCAUGGUUUAAUGCCAAAUUUUUUCGAUAUUGAAUCACAAUUGAUUGAAAAAAUAAUCACUUCUCUUAUUGAAGGUAUCGUACAUUCACCCGAUUCACAGAUUCAACGUACCUGUUGCCAGGUGAUGGCCAAUCUGAUCGAUAUCUAUGUGAACGAUAUGACACAGGUGGAUAAACAAAAUCGAUCUAUUAAUCAAUACUUUAUUCGCUUUAUCUAUGAUCAGCUAAUUCUUGCUUGCCUUCUUUGUACGGCGAAAAAUUGUUCCGAUGAUUAUGGUACUAGUCAAGAUGCCAUAUCAUUGUUGAGGAAAUUAAAACCAUUACUAGGUGACGAACAAUUGGUAGCAUUUUUUCGACAGGAAAUUGUACCGAAAUAUUUUCCUUCCAUCAAUAAUAAUCCUGUUUUCAAUAAUAAUAAUACUAAUAAUCAUCAAUCGAAUUGUAAUGAUGAUAUUAUUGCAAUGUUUUUAACAUUGGACACGAAACAAUAUCGUAAAAAAAUUCGUCACACAUUUCAACAGUUUAAAAAAUGAUAUGAUAUAAACGGGAUGAAUGGCCAUUUCCGUUUUUAUUUUUAUUUUCUUUUUCUAUAUUAUAUACCCAAAACACUGUCAAUACAAUUCCCUGUGAUAUUAUUAUUGUUGUUAAUUCUUUUUUUGGCAAGAGAAAAAAAAAUUUUUAAACGGAAACGAUAAAAUGAUCAAACCGGAAAAAUGAAAAAAAAUUUAUUGAUUUUAUACAAAGAAAGUAAUGGAAUUCGCCCAAAUAAAACUAUCAAUGUAUAAACAUUGA